UCCGCAAAUCCGAUCAUAACGCGCUUUUUCUUGUCACUUCUUUCACUUCAUCUUAAAAUCAAAACCAAAGCUUUCUUAGGGUUUAAGAUUUGAAGAAUCAAAAGGAGGAGCUGUAUAAUUUUCUAUCAGACCAAAAGAAAUAAUUUUUUUUUUAAAAAAAUGCAGCAGCAGCAGCAGCCAACGCCGGCUCUCACUUCUUCUCCUCCUCCUUCCUUGCCAUUUUCUCCUAAUUCCAUCACCACUGAGCAGAUUCAGAAGUGCUUGGAUGACAACAAAAAUUUGAUUUUGGCUAUACUGGAAAAUCAAAACCUUGGCAAAGUUUCAGAGUGUGCCCAGUAUCAAGCAGUCCUGCAGAGAAAUUUGAUGUAUUUAGCUGCCAUUGCUGAUGCUCAACCACAACCAUCAGCAACGCCUCCACAGCUUCCUUCAAGUUCUGGUGCUCAACAAGGAAUUUAUGUGCAACAAGCUCAAGCCACAACAAUGCAGCAGCAUCAAGGAGUUCCUGUUCAGAAGUUGCCCUUCCAGCUUAGUGCUCUCCGAUCUCAAGAUCAGCAACAUCAAUUGCUCCAUUUCCAGGCACAGCAACAAUUCCAAGGUCAAGGUGGUUCCAACCAUGGCAUGCAUCAAAUCAUGCAAACUGGGCUUUCUAAUUCAGGCAGUUUGAUGGAGGGACGAGGCAGUAAGCAAAGUUCCUUGGAUGCAAAUUCUGGUGAUGGCCAAGGAAAAUGAGCUUUGGAACAUUCGAGUCUUGAUAGGGCUAGGGUUGAGAGCUUCGAAAGAAUGACCAUUUCAUGUUAGUUUGUAUUUAACCAGAGAAUAUUGCAUCUUCUUCUAUUUCCUUCAUGAGUAAAAUUCCCAUUGGUUCUGCAUUGUUUGCUCA